GACUUGAAGGAAAUCUUUCAACAGCAAGGCCAGCUUGACGUGUGUUAUGAAUUUGAGUAGUUGUUAAUGAACCAAGAACACUUUCUUUUAGCUGUUUUUUAUUAUUAAUGAACAACAAAGUCCUCACUUAUCGUUUUCGGUUAUAAUGUAGCACAUCUACCUGAUGUUAAUUUAAAUUGUGAGAAACGACAGACACGUCACCGUGUUGUGGUUCGGGUUUAAAACGACGUCUCAUCGCUGCGGAGCUGUAAUGGGACCAGACCGGAGAACAGUUCUUUCCGUCUAACCGUCUGUAGCUACAGGACCACAGAUAAGCCAUGGGAUAUAGUUAGCGCUCGUAUCACAUUUGAACGAAUGGUCCGUGUUUACCAUGCGGGGCCAAAGCACGUCCUCGCCGUUUACAGUGGCCGUCGUGUCCGCUCUGUGGAUCAGUGUGUGUCGGUGCGGCGUGUCCGAGGUUCCGUGGCCGGGAUGUGACAGUGGAAAGCUCUUUUUGGACAAGGACCUCCCGGAGGAUGCUCUGUAUCGGGAUUGUGCAGCGUCUACAUGGCAUGGAGAGUCCACACAGUUGUUCAUCCAGUCUUCAUGUGUUUACAGAAACAACACAGUAUUGACACGGAGCAUAAACCUGAGCGAGUGGAGAAGUUAUGUAUGAAUAAAUCAAUCUCAUACAACCAUACCAUUCCCAGCAGUGGAGCGUACAGACCAGUUGGAGCAGAGAGUGGAGAGUACUUGUUCUGUCCUCCUCAAAGGUGGCUCAAUAACCUACAUCAUGGAGCUACUGUCAUUCUCCACCACCCAUGUGUUACUCUGCAUGAGCGCCACCUUUUGUCUGCCCUAGCAGAGUCCUGUUUGUCAGACUACAUUAUCACUGCAUAUCCAUGGCUUAAACCACACUUGCCAAUAGCUUUGGUGACCUGGGGUCGCACGUUGGAGGUGUCUGCUGUGGCUUCUCCGGACGUCUGUGAUUGGCUGCAGAGCACGACGACCACAAGGAAUGAUCUCAGUGAUGUCAAGCACAUCAGAGAAUACAACCUGCUGCUCACCAAGCCUGCGAAGCAGCAGACGCCCAGAACCAAGGUCUCUCUGAGGCAGUGCUGCGAGCAGACCAUCUCUUCUCUGCUCAGUGAAGCAAAGGAGACAAAUCUGGAGUCCAGCGGAAAAAAGAAACGCUUGAACAAAAAGGAAGAGAAACUCAGGAUCAGACGAAUGAGAGCUGCUGCCAGAAAAGAACAGAUGAGUGUGAAGGAUAGAGGCGAUGAAGACGACAAAAAACACACAUCAGCCUUUUCUGGUAACCUGACUGACGGAACCAAACGAGGAGGGAAAAACAAAGGCCGCAAAAAUUCCAACUCACUUGGAAAAUCUGAGAUUUCUCCUCCAGAAAACAGAAAUCUCACAGAUCUGUCUCAUCCACAGGGCGGACGAUCAAAGUCUGUCCUGCAAAGUCAGAAUCAGAGCCUCACAGCCCAACCAACAACUUACUUGGUGUCAAAUAUGUCAGCAGUUGAACAUGAGUCAAAUGACUCAAAACAAAAUGAAGGACAACCAAGUGUUAAAAGCACAAAUUCUACAGCUGGCGUAGAGGGAAUUCCAGCUGUUGUGAAAACCGUGGGGAACAACAAUGUGAAGUCUGACAGCGUGGUUCAAACGUCCAGAGAUGAAGGUACAGACUCUAAAGAGAGAAACUCUAAUAAUCACUUCACAGCAGAGCGACAAGAGAAGGACAAUGAAAUGGUGGACGUAAAGGAGAGAGAGUUGGAAAUAAAGCAAACAGAUCCCAAAGGUGAACACAAAUCCCCCGAUACUGAAUCCCAAAAUCCUCGCUCACACCCAGGGACAACCACAUACCAGAAGAAAAGCGGUGAAUGUGACAACUGCAGAGAGGGAGAGCAGUGCUACUGUACCCAGGCCUCAGGACCUGAUGCUGCUGUGAGACAGGGUCUGCCCAGGACCCCCAGGACUGAUGAGGCAGUGUGGGCAGCAGCAGCUCUGGGAUUCCUACUGGUCCUCCUGGCACUGUCUGUGCUUCACACUCGCCUCUACCGCAACUGGAGGACGGCGCCAAGUCUUUACUGGCACAAUCCACAACAGGACUAUGACAGCGUGGCGGAUGUGAUCCACAGGAGGCUGAAAAUUGCCAAGAGGAGACCCAAGAGGGGCAGAAGAAAAGAAUAUGUUCUCCUGCCGAGUUCCUCGAGUUCAGAUGAGUUCCCUUAAAAGAAUCCUUCCACUAUUUACCGAGGUUUUCAUUAACAGUAGACACAUGAUCACGUACAGACAUAAGUAGUAACCUCAGUCCUGAGUGGUUUGUCCACGAGAUUGGAAAGGACAGUGGUUCAAAGUCAAGCAUUCUGUUCUGUGAGAACAAAUCAGACUGUACAUGUCCUAGUGUGUGCCAUGGCACUAUUAGUCCAUAGGGGGAGGUAUAGUGUGUAUUAGGCUUGAGAGAAGCUGUGGUGGUGCUGCUGGAUAAACUUGUACCUGGAGCUGAGCAGUCAAAGGAUGGCAUCAAAACUCCAAGAGAGGCUUCACGGUUUUUUUAAAUUGUACAAUGGUUUUGUAUUAGUUUUAUAUUUAAACAGGUUCUGCAAAUUCACUGUGUUAUAAAUGUGCAGUAUCCAAUACAUGUAAUCAACAUCCACGUCUCCAGGUUUCACCUUUUCACCAGUGUGAUGUAGGUUGCUGUUCUAAGCAACACGGUCUCUGAAUGGUACACAGGUGCUGUGUUUUUAAAUGGGUUCUGAAUCGUUCACAUUAAAAAUAAUUCAAUGAAAAA